UGUCUUAUUUCCUACCGUGUGGUCGUGGUACUUUAACUUCAAAAUCUGAGUACUUUUAUCAAAGGGUUGAAACGGACCAAUCGGAGAAGGAGUUAUCAGCCGAUGUCCCGCCCCCAGAGAUUUAAAAAAUCAACGUGACAGACGCUGUGUGCAGGUCCAGGAGCUUUUUAUCUACAGAAACACAGGUGAAUGGUGACUGUCGCUGUGGAAACGACAGGUUAAAACCCCAUAAGGAAGUACCUGUGAGGUAAUUUUACUGCCGAGGUUAAAGUCCUCCAGCUGAGCCGAGCAGGAAGAGAAUCCAGGAUCGUUUCCUCAUGAACAGACCGGACUAGUUGUCGGUGAAAAGCUCAGAGAAAUGGAACCUCAAAGACAAAACUCAAGUUACCAUGGCGACCAGCAGUCGCUUAGGUUACGGCAGGUGUCCUCUCCAGCGUCCAAUCAGAACCAUCCUCACUUCAACUGGAACCCGGGUCCAGAAGAGGACGAGGUGGACGGCAGCGAAACACAACAAGACCUCCGGACCCUCGGGCUGCCGAUGGGGCUGAAGAGAGCCGUCCGGCAGGUGCAGCAGAUGAAGAUUCCGGUUGUUUCCAGCUCAGAUUCCUGGAAACUGAAAAGAACCAAAACUCUACGAACAAUCAAAGCCAGAGGCCGAGAGGUUCUGUCCUUCCUGACGCUGUGGAAGAAAACUCUGCAGAAGAUCGGAGGGAACUUUGGAGGCGGAGUAAAGUCCUACUUCCUGUUCCUGAGAUUCUUGGUGGUUCUGAAUUUCUUCUCCUUCUUGCUGAUUGGUGGAUUCGUCCUCAUUCCCAGCAUCGUCCUCACGUCUGUGGACACUCAGCUGGUCAAUAGCACAGGUCCAGAGGAGUGUCUGGAAUAUGAUCCUAACCCUCAGGGCCUGGUGCUUUUCUAUGACUACCUCCUGGACUUACUGUCAGGAACGGGUUUCAUGGAGUACUCCUUCCUGUUUUACGGCUACUACAGCAUGAAGGACAGCAGCUACAGCCUCCCUCUGGCCUACCUGCUCACCGCCGUCUUCUACUUCGCAUUCUGUCUCAUUUGCAUCAUCGUCCGGAUGGGCACCGCAGCUCGGGUCACUGUGGCGACGGGAGGUGGCGCCGUGGGCAACUACAGCAGCAUCGUGUUCACGGGUUGGGAUUACGGUUGCCUAGGAGACCGAGCGACGAAGCUGAAGCAGAACAACAUCCGAUACCAACUGCAGGUGGAUCUGGAGGAGGAGCGACUGAAGCAGCAGGCAGCAGCUCUGACGGCGUCUCAGAAGCUCCUUUUAUAUUCUCUGCGUGUCUCCAUGUUUUUUGUGGCGGUUGGCUUCAUUGCAGCAGCAUUGUACGGCAUCUUUGUGGCCACAGAGUUCAGCCAGGUAAGGAGUGGAGACGAAGGAAUCCUGGGUUUGGUCUUCGAGUAUCUGCCGUCAAUCGUCAUCACUGCUGGGAACUUCGUGGUUCCGCUGCUGUGCGACCAGAUCGCCUCCGUGGAGAAAUAUCCUCCCACCGUCACCAUCAUCCUGGCUCUGCUUAGAGCUGUGGUUCUGCGUCUGGCAGGUCUGAUCGUUCUCCUGUCCACUCUGUGGAGUCAGAUCACCUGCAAUGGACAAACAACCAGCGGAGAAUGUCAGCUGUGUCAAUACGACCAUAAAAACUACCCGUGCUGGGAAAGUCGCAUCGGUCAGGAGAUGUACAAACUGACGCUGUUCGACCUCCUCAUCAACAUGGCCACUCUGGUUCUGGCUGAGUUCCCUCGAAGGUUGCUGGUGGAUAGCUGGUCCAAUAAACUGACCCAGUGGGUCGGUCGGCAAGAGUUUGUGGUUCCUGCUAAUGUUCUGGGGCUGGUUUACGGUCAGACUGUGGUCUGGACCGGAACUCUGUUCUGUCCUCUGCUGCCGCUGAUCAACACCAUCAAGUUCAUCGUCCUGUUCUACUGCAAGAAGCUCACGCUCUUCCAGAACUGUCGACCGGCCCUGAAGACGUUCCGAUCCACCACCUCCAACUUCUUCUUCCUGCUGGUGCUGCUGCUGGGCCUUGGCAUCGCCACCAUGGUCAUGAUCUACAGCGUGGCUCAGAUCCAUCCCUCCAUGGCUUGUGGUCCUUUCCGAUCUCUCCCCAACAUUUGGUCAAUUGUUCCAAAUUCUUUCUACAGCCUCUCUGAUGUCACUCAGGAGUUCCUGUUCUUCAUCGGCUCGCAGGCUUUCAGCAUCCCUCUGUUCACAUUAUCAUGCGUGGUGAUGUGCUACAUCAUCGCUUUGGCUUCCGUCUAUGGGAAAAGUGUUUCCCUGCUCAGAGCUCAGCUUAAAGCGGAGGGCAAAGACAAACAGUUUCUGGUCAAACAGUACGAGAAGUUGCGACAACAGCUUCAGAUGCCAGAACAGAGCGGAGGACUGAACACACCAUCAGGAACCUGCUUUAUUAUCUGAAACACGAGGAGCUGGAAGGACUUCAUCUGCCUUCUAAAGCACGUUUUACCAAAGAUGUUGUUGUUCCUGAUCUAAAUCCAGAGAUCAGUGUUUUUAAGAAACUGUAUAUUAUUAACCUACCUAAGUUAUAGAGUUAAAUUAUAUAAAUUCCAAGUGUAGCGUCUUUAAUGUAAGAGAUUUGUACAGUUACUAAAUUAUUCAUUUGUGAUUUAUAGUUAGUUUUUAUUUGACUAGUGAGUUCCUUCUGGCUGAAAAUAUCAUAAACAAGUGACAAAAGAUAGAAAGCAGAAGCUGCUUUUCUCAAAAACUUGAAAUAUUGAAAGGUCAUUUUGAAUUUUUAGUGAAAAUGCAAAAUUAACCAUAUCGCCAACACAAUGUGACACAAAUCAACAAAAAUGAGACACAAAAGGACAAAAAUGAGACAAAAAAUGAUAAAAGCAAGACACAAAACGACAAAAACGAGACACAAAGCAACAAAAACGAGACAAAACAACAAAAAUGAGACAAAAACGGUAAAAACAAGACACAAAACGAUAAAAACGACACAAAACGACAAAAACGAGACACAAAGCAACAAAAACGAGACACAAAACAAUAAAAAUGAGACACAAAACAACAAAAACAACACAAAAUGAUAAAAACAAGACAGAAAACAAAAACGAGACACAAAACGCCAAAAACAAGACACAAAACGACCAAAACGAGACACAAAACGACAAAAAUGAGACAAAACUAUAAAAAUAAGACACAAAACGACAAAAACGAGACACAAAAUGACAAAAAAGAGACAAAACGGCAAAAACAUGACACAAAACGACAAAAAUGAGACACAAAAUGACAAAAAGACACAAGCGACAAAAAUGAGACGCUAAACAACAAAAACGAGACACAAAACGACAAAAACGAGACACAAAACGACAAAAACGAGACACAAAACGACCAAAACGAGACAAAGUCACACAAAACAUACACAUACAAAUACCUGGGUGUUCACCUCAACAAUAAACUGGACUGGACACACAAUACAGAGGUUCUGUACAAGAAGGGCCAAAGUCGUCUCCACCUGCUGAGGAGACUGAGGUCCUUUGGAGUGUGCAGGACUCUGCUCAGGACAUUUUAUGACUCUGUGGUAGCGUCUGCUAUCUUCUAUGCAGUGGUCUGCUGGGGAGCAGGGAGCACUGAAAGGGACAGAAAGAGACUAAACAGACUGGUCAGGAGGGCUGGUUCUGUCCUGGACUGUUCCCUGGACUCCAUAGAGGAGGUGGGUGAGAGGAGGAUGUUGGCAAAGCUCACAUCCAUCAUGGACAAUCCCUCUCACCCACUGCAUGACACUGUGGGGUCUUUAAGCAGCUCCUUCAGCAGCAGACUGAGACAUCCACCCUGCAAGAAAGAGCGCUAUCACAGGUCCUUCAUCCCAUCUGCUGUAAGACUGAACAACAUCAGCAUCACUGGCUGAUGUUAACAUAAACUGGACUCAUAUCAUAUCAUCCCAAACCAUAAAAUUUGCACAGACAUUAUUGCACUGCUACAUCUUUGCACUUUUAAACUUUAUUUUUUUAAGCCACUUUAUACUGUCAUUGUCUUACAGUGUGUCAAUACUGCACUAUUUCAUCCUCAUCUCUCAUCCCUGUACAUAUUGUAAAUAUUAUUACUACUGUUCUAUUAUUGUUUUAUUCCUAUUACUACGUCUAUUGCUACAUAAGCUGCUGUAACAAUGUAAAUUUCCCUUGGCGUGGGGAGAAAUAAAGGACUUAUCUUAAAACGAUAAAAAACAAGACACAAAAAUGUAUUUUUAAGUCUUUAUUUUCUGGUUCUGUGAUUUGUUUUUGGACAGACUACAGUUUUCUUUAAUAUAAUUUACAGUUAAACCAAAAAAUUAUUCAUUUAUACUGAACCAUGAUUUUAUAAUGAACAUCUCCAACUCAAUGUUUUACUGAGUUUAUUUCUUGUUUAUCUUGUUUCCAGCCAGAAGAAACCUGCUAGUCAAUGAAAAAUCCGCUGUAAAUCAAAACUUGACGUGAAGUUUGUGGCUUCACUGUACUUAUUAGAUGUAUGUACAGAUAUUCAUUAUUUUUCCUUUUAAGUCAGUUAACACUAUCAGAUUAAAAAUUCUGCAACAAAUCAGUCACAGGAGGGUUUAAAACUUUCAUAUCAUCAUUUUAACCAUUUAAACGUGAACAUGUUUCCGGUAAAUUUGUGAUUGUUACUAUGCAUAAUGAUUUCUAACUUUCUGUAUGUUAAAACAACAUGUGUUAGAGAUGUUUGUAAUGAAUUAUAUGAACUAUUUCUGUUGUUUUUGCUUUUUUUUUUUUUUUUUAAGAAAUUGACUAAUAAUGCCAUAUCUAAACUUAGUCACUCAUUAUCUAGAGCAAGUUAAUAAUUUUGGACGUUAUAUUUUUAAGUAAAAAUGUAAAAUAAUGCAGAAAUAUAUUCUAACAUGGUG